AUGAACAGAUUAACAAAAGCAUCCAAUACACAGGAAUCAUUAGAUGAGUGGGUAAAAAACUACCCAUCUCAAUUCAGCACCUCAUCAUCACCAGCCGCAAGAUCAUUAUCAAAAGGGGAACAUUAUGUACUAAGGACAACUCCUAAGAGCGUCCACCCCGUCUUUUCCUCUGGUCAGCAGGAACACCUUCUGGAGCUCUACCUAAAGUUGGGUGGUGUUUACCAAUCAGGCCUCAAAUCCAUCCUUUAUAAUUUUCUCGGCUUAACAUUGCCUUCAUCUACCGCAAAUACUGCCGACAGGUUGACCAUGAUACAAGAGAAAGCUGAAUUUAGAGAUAAAAUUGGUAAUGUCAGUGAGGAUGGGCUGUAUAAUCAAAACGGCGUUCCUAGGAAAGGAAAUAGUUGCAAGGAAGUUCAGGGGGUGCGUAUUUCGUCAGAUCUUCUUCAGCCACAGGAGUGGCUUGAUUUAGUACAGGAUUGCUGGCAAAAACAGGGGUGCCCCCCCCUUCAACCACCACCUUCUGUAAACCUCGACGAUAGGUUUAGAGAAUCAGAGUAUGAUAUACAAGACAGAGAGUUAUGCUCUUCGCCCUUUUCUUCUUCAUCUAGGCAUUUGCCGCAAGAUAGUGAGGGACGGUGCAUUUAUCACAUUUUGAAUUCUACUGCUGAGAUAAAGACACCAAACAAGCAGAAAGGUCAUUAUUCACAUGAGAGCUGCUCAUCGCGAUUGCCAUCGCCGGCGUACAACGAACUCGAUGGGGUGCCAAUUAAAUCCUGUGUUUCUCUUUACAGUGUGAGAGAUGUGGUGGUGACACUUUUCAGGAGGUGCGGUGGUGACUCGCUGAAUGAGUCUAGAGAAGACAGCACCCUCAGCCCUGGAACUGAAGGAAAUUGUUUUAUAACAUUAGAUGCCUGGAAACGAACCAUGAAGCGAUACGCAGAUUACAGCUCAGAUUUAUCCCCGGAACCGAUCAUAGUGGAUGCUACUAACGCUAUGAUUAAGCUUUUGGCAUUUCCAGAGAAAGGUCAUACACAACCUAAGCGAGGCCAUACCUACUCUAGGGAGGCGAGCACCAACAAAGAAGACAACCGACACAGCAUUAUAAUGGUUAAAGACUUCACAGAGCUGCUCAGAGGACAGCUGUGUAUGAUGCAGCGCGAUGGAGUAGUUUGUUUAUCCAGUACACAACCAUCGUCUCAAAAGACUCAGCACACUCUCAAAGAGCCCAAGUUAAGUGUGUCGUAUUGCUCUUCCAAUACAAGACGGCGACCACCGACGCUUUGUAUGCUUCUCGCGUGGAUGGAUCCGUCGAACAUGUCUCGCAUUGUCGGCGCGGAGGGGACUACCUACCUGCGAUCUGUUGGCCUUAUGGAAGCCGCAUUGCGGUUUUUAAUCGUUGAGGCGCAAAUGCAGUUGGAGGCCCUUACCGAUUCCCUACACUUGAUGCUCACCGCAAAGCCCCCGAAUCCUCCCAGCGUUAUUUUAGAGAACGAGACAACCUCCCCUUUAUCGGGUACAGGCCGCCGAGGUGGACUUACCGCCAGCAGUGCUAUGAGCCCUUCGAAAGGAUCCUCUUUGCUGCAGUGCGCGAACGGGCCGAGGAAACACUCGGGGAUUCUUGAGAAUAAAGAGGAUCCUACCCAUUCCACAGGGCCUCGCGGCAACUUCCAGAGGCGAUAUUUGACCCCACGCCCGGCAGAUGAGAUCACCGCUUCGGUGGUGGCCCGCGCACACGCUCGAAGGCUUCUUGAUACGCUUCGAAAGAACACCGUCCCAAUUCUCCGCUAUGAAUGCUACGCCGUGAUUGGGGGCGAAGUGGAUUUGAAGACUCGGCAUACGAAGCCGGUGAAGCCGACUAAACCCCCUUUGGCGGUGGAACCUCCUGUCCAAAGCGCGAGACAGUUUUUUCAGAAAGAAAUGCCCGAACUUUCGAUGGAUUCGUCCGACCAAGACUUGUUGUCGUCGUCAACGGUGCCUCCUGGCAGUCUUCCGAAGAGCCCCAUAUCGACGCCCGUGCGGGCGACGGUCCCCAAGUCAUCCAACUCCGUCAUGUUCCAGUUCAGCGGGAUUUUGGGGAAUAAAAUUCCAAAAAAGGCCUGCAAGGCGCUCAUUGAGCGACUAAGUCGCCCGGUAUGUGAUGUAAACUUCUACCGCAUCCCAACCCCAACGCCGCCCUUGAUGGGGAUGUCAGGGGGGGAGGGAGGAAAAGGCGAACUAAACAACGACGAAGGGGGGGUCGAAGCCUCCCCAACUCCACAGCCCCCGACACGGUUAAACUACUGGGAUGGACAACGACAACAAAGGGGAAAAGAGGGCUUGUCUUUAUCCAUUCCAAGGAAUCGGACCAAGUGGAGCGAUCCUUUGUGGGCAAAGCGUACAAAGGGAACAGCAUUAUCAUAUGCGGAUGGACCGAUACCGCCGGAGACGAGUCAAAUCGAUAGACAGGGGGCGUGCUUGUCCUCCUCUCAGACUUCGUCGAACGAUAUAUGGAAUGCACUGAAGAGCACCUUUCCGGAGUAUUCCGUGAAUCCAAAGCCACCUUAUGGGAGUUCAGUGAAGGGGAAUAAAACACAUCGGGUGAACUCAGCAUCUAUAGCACAUCUUCCAACAGACCAAAGUGUGCGCGGUUACCAUCCAUCGGGAUGUUUUUGA